UUAACCGUUGGCAAACGUUACGGUGCCAACAGUGUUUUUCUGGGCGAGCGCACCGACGUUUCAGCCAUUUCUUUCAUUGCUUUGACUCCUUUUGUCAGUGGGGAGUCGCUCCUACGCGUCUCAAAACUUUUGGUGUAAGCAGUCGUCAGGUUUUCCUUAAUUUUUCUCCGUUUUUCGGCUGGCUUUUUCGCCGGCUGCGUCUCGUCGGGAUGGACCCAGCAAGCCGAUACCAAGUGUUUCACAACGAGGACGACUCCUCGGAGGCCGCCGGCAGCGAGGAGCAGCCGAGCACCUCUGCUGCCGCCCAGGCCGCAGCCUUCAGGCCGGACCAGAACCAGGCCCAGGCCAGCCAGGCCCCGGCACCAGGGGAGGCGUCAGGCUCGGGGGCCGGGGGGGAGUCGGAGGCCCCGCCCCCUCCCUACGCCUCCAUCGACCUGGGGGGCGCCGCCGCCGCCGCUCCUGAGACCAGUUUCCAAGGCGACUUUCCAGUGCCUCCACCCUACAGCGUCGCCACCUCGCUCCCCACGUAUGACGAGGCCGAGAAGGCCAAGGCCGCCGCCAUGGCUGUCUCCGGGGUGGAGGUGCUGCCCCGGGACGAUGACUUCCCUCCCAGAGAUGAUUUCAGUGACGCCGACCAGCUCCGAGUUGGGAAUGAUGGAAUCUUCAUGUUGGCCUUCUUCAUGGCCUUCCUGUUCAACUGGAUCGGCUUCUGUCUGUCCUUCUGUCUGACCAACACCAUCGCCGGGCGCUAUGGAGCCAUCUGCGGCUUCGGCCUCUCCCUCAUCAAAUGGAUUCUCAUCGUCAGGUUCUCUGACUACUUCACCGGCUACUUCAACGGCCAGUACUGGCUGUGGUGGAUCUUCCUGUUGCUCGGUGAGCCUUCUGCUGUUCUUCAGGGGCUUCGUGAACUACCUGAAAGUCCGCAACAUGUCCGAGAACAUGGCCUCCUCCCACAGAACACGCCUCUUCUUCCUCUACUAAAGGUUCCCAGGCCAUCGGCGUUCCUUUCCAAUGUGAAUUUCCUUCCCUCUCCCUCGAAUGACCUGGCUGAGGAGCCCUGACAGUGAAGAGAGGAGACGGGGAAGGAAUAAAGGAAAGAAGUGAGGAGAAAGUGUCCACAGUGUCAUAAAUUACAAAGCACCACUCGUUCUGAAGCCAAAACCCUCCCCAGUUCCUGCCCGCUGUCCAUUUUCCUUUGAUUCACAGCCAGUGGUCGCCGGGCCCAGAGGAAGGGCUGAUUCACCCCAAAAGCACAACCAAACCAAACCAAACCGUAGAGAACCCAUUUGAGUGAGUUUGGGUUUUACUGGGCCUGAGUAAACGGUAGCAGCCUCAGGCUCCAUAAGAGACCUCAGAUUCCCCUAAACAUGGUACUUUACCCACUCAGAGCCCGUCGUGUUCAGCCGUUCCUACAGCCGGCAGACAGAACCAGUCUGAUGCAGCUCAGGUUAAAUCUCAGCCCCCGACCUAACGCAGCCAUCAGCCCGGCUCUGUCCGCCCGCCUGACGGCACGGAAACCGGUUUCUCUUAAAGAAACAUCAACUGAAACGGAGAGAAAAGGUCAGAGGUUCCACAUGUUUGCUGGCUCUGCUCUUCCUUCAGAUCUUUGUCCUUUUUAAACUUCCUUUCACUGCUUGAAUCAAAGAAAAAAACAAAAAGCGGCAUUGACCAAGUCCAUUUAAACUUCUGCUAACUCCCAAAUAGCCAGGCCGCCCCCAUGAGGGGAUCUGAGGAGGGAGUCCACAAACAGGACGAAUGUGCAGUGGUGAACAAGGACAACAAGUCUUAUGCAAUUGACUUAUCUGUAACAGCAGUUACUGUGGAUCAAAGGUCUGUGAUUAUGAAAUGGAAGUGGAUCCCACGGACUGAGGUCCAGUCAUGGCGCGGUGGGUUUAGAGUGGAUCGGCUGUUUAGAGAAAAAACCCUCCUACAUUAUUUUAACCUGGCAGGAGGGAAAAACAAAAGUAAAAGAUGACACCUUCCGCAUGUUGUGCAUGACUCCACCAGCCCAGCCCACGGCUCUCUCUGGGAUUCCAGCUUUUCUUUCUCCCCUUUUCCCCUGACUGUCUAACGACAUGGCUCCUUAUUAUGAUGAUUAUUGGUUUUAUUAGGAGAACAUCUGUUUUGGUGUUGCGGUUUCUGGUGAGCGUGAAGGCGAUGAAGUCGGGAUUCUGUCCAGAGUGAAUGGAGCCUGAGAAGUCCACAAACUAGUUGAAUAAAGGCAGAGGCCGGGUGGACAAAGAAAGACGGGAAAAAAGAAAAAGAACUCUGAUUCAUUAGAAAAUUAAAUGUAUAUACAAGCUUAUGCCAAUUGAUGAUAUUUGCACUUUGAAGAACUUGUGUACAGUUUGAUUUGUGAAUCUUCUGAACUUGAUGUGGGGGUAGAAAAAGAUAAGUUGUCUUAGCCAUCAAAGUUGUUUUGAACUGGAAUUCUUAAUCAUCCCAAAUGGAUAAUCUGCCUUUUGCACUUUUGUUUCUCAAAAUAAUAAUGUUGUUCGUGUGUUCUGUUUGAUUGCUUUUAACCUAAACUGUGACAGCUUGAGUGUUGCCAAACCCUUUUUUAAAAACCUCCAAAACCCAUCUCAGCAAUAUCAAGUCAGUUCCAGCUCCGCUGCAUGAUUUAGCCCCCCCCCCUGCGGGGAAAUGUUAGGAUGAAGCUACUACAAAUACAUCUUGGUCUUUGUGUAUAAGUGAGCAGGGAAAAUGGAGACGACAGCUAAACCUUUCGUUUUUAUCCUUCUCAGAACAUUUAAAACAGCUGGUAUGCAUUUUAUUGUAACUGGAAUUAAAAUGACAAAUCUUUCAAAUAUGCCAAUAAAGUUCAAAAGCCUUCCACAGAC